UAGAAAGCAAUUACAUACGAAUUACGUGCCAAUGUGUCGUUUUGCACAAAAGCAUCAAAAUGUUACAUACCGUGUAGAUUGUCGCGUGGUGUUAUCCUCUCCGGAAGGUAUGCCUGCAUAUAGAGGCGAAUUAACGUUUUAGGAAAGUCGUUAAACAACUUCCCGACCACAUAUAGCGACACCCACUCGUUAAAAGUUCGCCGAGUCAACUUCAUCAGGGACUUGCGAUCGUGUGCGGAGGACGUUGCUAUACUAUUAUUAAAAUUGCCUCGUCCACGACGACGAUUAAGGCCACGAAUCCUGAUUUAUUCUCCAAUUGUGCUCCCCGCGUUCGGCUAUCAGAUGUCAUCGCUAGGACAAUGUAAUACGUAGGAGCAACAAUUUAAUAAUUCAGCGACGGUCUUCAGAGAUCGUGUAUCCUAUAGUUAUGCGAUCACGCGCCUCGCAGGAGACGCUCGCGCGGUAUAACUCGCGAAACUUUCGUCUGAUUUAUGGGGCCGGGGUGGCGUACCAUUAGGCAUGGGGUGCGGAGGUCGCACGGAACCCCCCGCGAUCCGUCCAUCCCUUCCGGUGCUCCUCUCGCUCGCAUAUAAACCGAGCUCGUGGCUGCGCCAUGGUCACAGGCAUCGCGGCUCGGAUCGCGUGUCCCGAACAGUCGAAACCUUACCUGUCCUCCUGUACGCUCGCGAGUCGAUACGUCGUACGAUUCGAACGGACUUACGUGUUAGAUUAGAAAGAAACGCGAGCCCGUGGUGGUUCUCCAAGUUUCAGGCAGCGCUCUCUGACAGCGCGACCACGUUAGUCGCGAUUGUCACGGAUGUAAUUGUACUGUCGACCUAUUCUGAGAUUCUCCCGGGAAGUUUCGCGAGGGUGCCAACAGAGAGGUGCCGUUAACGAUGUCGUCCGCGAACUACUUCAUUUUCGCUCGCGAUUGCUGAAGACAAUCGAAGAAAUUACGUCGUUUCUUUUUCUUCUUCUCCCUAUUAUGAUCCGUCCCGCACUCUGAAAAAGACGUGUGAAGUAAAUGACACGUUAAGGGCUGAAUUUAUAGCGCAGCGCUGCGUUGCGUUUAUCUAUUAUACAGUGCGUUAAAUGCAAUGUUAUUGAACUCUCCAAUUAUUUAUUGGGCGUGGUAAGCGCGAGGUUUUUUUUCUCAUCGACUUUGGAAAUUGAUCGCCGUUCAAACAAUAUUGCUACAAUACAAUUUGUUUGUACUCCCUUCCGGGCGUGGUGUAUCGCGUUAUGCCGGCUAUAUGGGCGUCGUCAGAGAGGCCCCUCUUCGUUCGGACGGUCUGGGUGGACGGAAUGCGUCACGCUGUCCUGACACCCGACGAUCCCGUUGUUAAUCCGCGGCUACGCCGGCGCGCGCGAACGUCCAAGGAGAAGAGUUUCCCCGCGAUGCGCCAGCAGACGGAGUCGAGGCUGGAUCGCUUGAACAGCUGCUUCACGAACCUGCACGUGGUGGUAGAGAAAAACUUCCCGGACAGAGACAAGAUCCCGGCGAGAAUCGUACGGAGACAGUCGGCGCCGCCCUGCACGAGGAUGUGCGCCGAGAAAACCGGUGGCCUCCUGGAAAUCUACGUGAACAAUGUGGACAAGUUGGACGAGAAUCGUGAGAAUUGCCAGACGCCGGAGAAGGAAGAGACCACCAGCGUUUCGGCGGACGAGGCCGUCCUCGAUUGCAGCAGCAGCGUCGGGAAAUCGUUGUGUCUGCGACGACACACGAUCUCCACUGUGUUGGCGCGUAAGCAGGUCGUCGACAGAUCGUCGGAUGUGCAUUGGAAUCCGCUGUCCGAGAGAGUGCUGCAGUGGCUGGACCUUUCCGGAAGGGCGCAGGAUUACGACCUGGAGGCGGAAUCAGAGGGCAGCUUGAAACCCGAGGAUGACCGGCGGUGGAGCGCCGUCAGGAAGAGAAGACAUUACUUCCCGCAGAGACGCGAAGGCUCGGCCCUCAUGACCAAGGAGCGCAUAGUCGUGCAGAAUUACAAGCUGCAGAAGAACUGCAAGCUCGAGUGCCUAGCGAAGACCGUCGACGACGAGGUGAGAUUCCCGCGGAAGCGAUUACCCAAGAUAAAGGACGCGAGGACGGAGGAGGACGAGGCCCGGAAAGAGGAGAACGCUGUUCUUCGUGUCUCGUCGGGUGUCUCGACCAAGAACCGGGUUUUGAAUGCCACAGAGGACGAUUCGAAGGGUGACGAGGGCGAGCCGCGGGACGGUCUGCUAGCCAUGUGGUCUCCGCCUGGCCGGCUGCAGUUGCACAUCGUCAUGCCGAACUUCAGUUUCGUCGAGAAACGCGCGUCCUCGCUGGAGUCUCUGGUCUGUGAUUGAGUGCGACGUGCAGCGCGAGGAUAUUAUGAACGCAACGAACGCGGGCCAUUUCCCCGUUUCCGCGCGAGGUACCGUUUCCGCUGCGAUUAAUACUUCUGGUAUCCGCCGAUUUUUCGUCGCGCUGUACGACGACGUGAGAAAGACGACAUUCGUAUUAUAGGUAUUACGAUAUUCAAUUAUACUGUUUACGCACAUGUUACCCCGAAGUGGCAGUGCGUGAUUGACCGCCUAGGACUUCGUGUAUUUCAUGUCUUUGUCGAGAUAUGAAACCACAAUAGCUUUAGCGCUAAUGCGCUUUCAAGUGCUCUGCGCAGAUUUGAAGUAUAUAUCGAGUUGUGUAAUGUAUAUAUGACGUUAUGAAAUUAUUUUUUUUAUUCUUUACUAUUUUUUCAUCAUAUUUUUCAUCAUUUUUUUAGUUUACAUUCACUGUUUUUUAGGGUAAAAAUAUUAAUGCACCUAAUCCUGAACAUUCUUAUUGUUUUGGUUUUAAAAUAUAAAUAUGUAAACUCUUUCAACACGUAUAUACAUAUAUUCUAUGUUAAAAGUUUAAAUAUUCGUAUUUAAAUAUCAAAAUAAUACUGUCCAGGAUUAAUUACGUGUUUGGGAAUUGAUAUACUUUUUCCUUAUUUAUUAUUAUUUAGUUAUUUUAUUAUUAUUUUUAGUAUUACUUUGUUAAUUGAGAAAAGAGAAACACGGCCUUUAGAAGUCGUUACUGAAUAUUAGUGUGAAUAAUUUUUUAAAUCACGGGUAAAUAAAUAAUAAAGUUUAAACGUGUAUAAAUUCACCAAAAAUAUAAUCCCAUCCUUUUAUAUGUAGCCUCAAAAGAAUUUUUCUAAAACCAAAAAGAAAAUGUUCUAACACUCAAGGAAAAGAAUUCUAGUUGUACGUUGCUAUUUUCCUAUAAUAUUCCAAGCUAUUGCUUGAAAAAUGAUUACUUUUGCCGAAGGAGUAUUUUUCUUCUAAUGAAAUAGAAGGAAUAGACCAUUAAUUAGAAAUCUACUAUAAAUUAUUCUAAUUUUUUUCCGUCUCGAGAGGAAUAUGUUUAUUUGAAGCAAAAUGCUCUUUUACACGCGACACGAGAUGAGACAAACAAAACUUGGACUGUAGACUAAAGACGACUAACUUUAAGAAUAUUGUGUUCUUUCUCUCUCUUAAAAUGUUUUCCUUUUAUUUAUCAAUUAUUACACGUUCAAACAUUGUUAUCUUUCCGUGGUUUAAAAUCAUUUUGCAACUAUAUACAUAGAAAGUCUGUUUGUAUAAUUUAUUAUUUUUUAACUCGAUCGUGAAUAUAAUUGUUUCAUAUUUUUAAGUGCUGGGAUAUUGAAGUUUUCGUCUUAUCUUAUGCACGCUUUUCGAUACCGAUAGAACUGAAAGAAAUUAUUUGAUAAGAAAUUAACAAACGUUUCUGAUCAAAA